AUGGCUCAUCACCCAGCAAACACCCGUGGCCGCGGGGCUCACUCUCGAGGACCUCAGCGUGGGACCACCCCUUUUUCGGAUGGAAGUGGAAACCUCGAACAUGCCUUGCCCGAGGGCUUGGGGGAGUCUGACGUUGCUUUGGAGUCCGAUAGUGCAGAUGAUGAUGAAUCUGUUCAUGAUGAAACAGAUGACAGAUAUCAUGAUGAGGACAACGACGAAGACGAAGACAACAUUACUGCGCGCGUUGGUAAUGACACAAUUAAUAUUCUGAGGCAAUUCCAGGCUGUUGCUGGCGAGUAA